GGCAGCAAUUCCCAUUUUACAACGAGAUCCAGUCCAUUUUCACAGCAAGAAUGCAAAGAAUGUUGUGGUCAAAACCAAGAACUUCUACGAAGAGAAAACAUGAUCAGUUUUCAUCCGACGAAGAAGAUGUUGAGGAGCUAAAUCAAAACAUAAACGAGGAACUAUUGUCUUUUGUCGAGACACACAAGAAAGGUGCAGAAGUGAUUACUACUACUAGUACUUCUACUAAUCCAAAAAAACGUGCGAAAAAAGGAAAAUGCAUUACAGGAGCUGAAACCGCGGGUAGUACAUUGAAAGAAAUGUUAGAGGACUUUAUGAGGCAAACGUUGAAGAUGGAGAAAGAAUGGAGAGAUGCAUGGGAGAUGAAGGAGAGAGAGAGGGAGAAGAGAGAGAAAGAGUGGCGGAGGAGAAUGGCGGAGCUAGAGGAGGACAGAGCCGCCGCGGAGAGGAGGUGGAUGGAGAGAGAGGAUGAGAGACGGCUAAGAGAAGAAACUAGGGCUCAGAAGAGAGAUAAUCUCAUUGAUGUCUUGCUUAAUAAGCUCAAUAGAGAUCACGAUUAUGAUCAACAGCAAGGCUUCUAAAUUUUUAUUUUAUUUCAGCAUGGGUUAAUUAGCGCUAGUUUCUUAAUUAGUUACUUAUAUCUCUAACUAAUUUUUGUUUUCUUUAUAUGAGUAACUGGGAGUUGAAAACGAG